AUGGCGCCGAAACAAGCUGACAAGGGGAAGAAGCCUCUAUCUUCUGCCAGCGUGGCUUCGACCAUCGAGCCCGCGGUUGGCCGGUCGCUGGUGCUCAAUGAUGAGGCCAUGGGCAUGGUGCGCCCCAUGCUCGCCUCCAGUUUCAGACCAUAUGAGACUUCAGGAGUCCGGCUUCCUCUUGAGAUGCGGCAAACUGUGCUCGAGGUCCUGACGGGUGUCGCAUCGCCGGACGACAUGCCCGGGAGGAGUUGUCUGCUGUACCGCUGCAGGAACAAGGCAGAAUUUGUGGAGCACAUGCCUUCCUUCGAUGAGUGGGGGCUGCGCCCGGUCGGCCUAGUGGGGCCUCGCGAGAACCCCAUCAAUGUGGUUCCCUUCUUUGUUGCCGGCGCCGAGCUCGCCCCGAAUGUGGAUGCAGGGGGGCGAGCACCACCGGAGGCUGGCGGCUCGAGUGCCGAGGUGCAGAUGCCGCCUGGGGCUCAUGGGGCAUCAUCCUCAGGAACUCAUGAUUCUCCCUCUAGGGUGUCGGCCGCUGAGACGAUGCAGCACGCGGCUCCCGAGGCCGAAGCUCCGGAGGCCUCGGGAGGUCGUGGUGGGACAACGCCCGACUGCUCUCCGCAGCCCGGCACCCCUGAAGCUUUCCCCUCGAGCACUUCUCCAGCUGCACCCCGUGCCGGCCGCCACGUCCAGCGCUUCGCCCCCGAGGCGGAGGACGAGGUGGGCCGUGCGCUUGAUUUCGAGCACGGGUGGAGCGUCGUCCGCCACGAGCUCUUCCAGGAGGCGAUGGGCGCGAUGAACCGACUUGGUGGUGAGCUUGCGGACGUCGACGCACGCCUCAAAGCCGAGGGUCUUCGGCUGGCGGAGGAGAGACGUAAGCUGAAGGCUCGCGAGGCUGACCGCCGUCGUGAGGCCGCAGAGAAGUGCGCGUGGGAGCUACAGGCCUGGAGCGCGUCCCUGGAGCAGCAGGUGGAGGCGCGCAGAUCCGCCCUUGCGUCAAUGAGGGGGGCACCCGCCGAGGAGGAAGAGAUCCAGAAGCUUGAGGAGGCGAUGGCGUUGGAAGCUGUGGAGCGCAGCCUCGAGCUAGAGCGGUUGGAGAUGAGGGAGCGCCAGGUCAUCCAAGCAGAGGACACCGUCGAUGCGCGCGAGGACAGGGCUCAGGAGGAGGUUGAUCGCCGGGUGGCCGAGACUCGCGCGAAUCUUGAGGGUAGGUAUGACUUGAGGUUGAAGCUUGCAGUGACGGAGGAUGCGAGUAGGGCCGCCGCCCUCGGGCCCAAGCUGGCUGAAGUGGAGAGGCGCGAGGAGGCUAUGGCAGCCGCCCCGGACGACGUGGUGGUGGUCGCGGCAGACGAGGGCGACGUGGUUGAUGACGACGAUGACGGCGCUGGCGAAGGUGGAGGCGAUGCCAACGAUGGUGACAGCGACGCCAGCGGUGCGUCUGAAGAUGACAUGGGGGAUGCGGUGAGCGACAUAUCCGGCUGA